AGCUUCAGAGCUGGCACCUUUUCCAAAACCAAAGUGCUUUCCGCCAGCAGCAUUGAUCAUGGUGUCAUUGCGCAUCUGGAGCAUAUCAUUGCAGCUACAGCUGGCGCUCCUGGUUGCUGGUAGUCAGGAUACAGACUUGCUGGCACGGGACGAUGAAUGCGCUUCUUCCAGCUGCGCUGCCAACGCCUUGCAGCUGCACGGUGCUGUACAAAGUACUGACCUUGGAGACCUUCCAAAUUCCAGCACUGGAGAGUGUGGUGAUUGUAUGAUGUCCAACUCAGAAGGACUUGACGAGAACAUGCUGGGUGCUGGUCCCCGAAUUUGGCAUUACGCCCAAAAUUGCUGGACCAUGUGCGGCCGCAAGUCCGGUAGUUGCCCCCAUUUCUGUGGCCCUGGCAACGCUUGCUGCCGCUACCGCUACCCUGGACCACCGGAAUGCAGUGGCGUUGGAUUUUGGCCGACUUUGUCCUACCACACCUGUGUCAUCAGCCCAAUUCCACCACCUCCUGCUCCGGCUGUCUCUGAAGAUUUGCCUACCUUGCAACCUGCAGAUGGUGAGGACCAGAGCGGGCUAAAGAUGAAAGAUAAAGUCAAGAGCAAUUCGUAUUUGCCUCACCUCAGAUCAUUGGCCCUGCCAAGCUCAGCACCACUGCUUGAGUUUUACGUGUACCGGGCCAUGAGUGACUCUAGUUAUCCACUGGAGAAUGUGAACGCUGCCAAUGCUGCAGGUGUAAUGUGGUACCUUCAUAAUGAGGUGAUUAUCUUUACCCCGCGGAAGUUUGGCAUUACGCGAAUUGUGCGCUUCAAGGUCCAGUACAAAGCUCCGCAGCCCUUGUUCCAGAAAGGUAUGGACUUUGGGGUGCGCUAUGCCUUCGACAGCGGGAAAUGCACUGGCCCUGGGGAUUGCGCUUCUGAUUUUGAUAAGUAUGGUUACUUUGUCGGGUGCAACUUGGUCUAUCAGUUUCCCACAACCCAAUUUGCCGACGCCAAGUACUACGGCAAGCCUGCUUGGUAUAGCUUUCCCGGACCUUGCUACAGCAAAAGCUACAAAGCGCACACAGACGCGUGUGUGGCAGCAGAGCCUGGUGGCGCAUGCCCUGGUGAGCCUGAUGGGAAGGGUGAUUGCACAUACCACUACGAGCCAGCAGGGCAAGUCACGGUAGAUGAGGUUGUCGGCAUAAAGGACUACACCUCGUUUAUGAAAACUGGGGGCAGAGAGUACAUCGCUGGCCUGGGCUACGGGCAAUCAAUUUGCCGCUAUCGACCCUGGCUUUGCGACAAAGGCAUUGGCACAGCAUUUUGGAACAACAAGCACAAUGAGGCCGACAACCAGCAACGAGUGCAAAGACUCCUAGAUACAUUUCAGCAAAAGUAUCCAGACAGCCCAAUUUUGCCUGAUGUGCCAUGCGACUUUGAGCAGUACAAGUUUUACCACUGAAGAAGCUAGCAGCUAGAUCUUGAAUGGAUCGAGCCUGGAAUGGAGUGGCCUUGACUGGCACGAUUUACAUAAUGUUUAAGAAGAACAAAAUCAAA